CGAUAAAUUAAGUUUUAAAUACAAACGAUUUGUUUCUCAUAUCACUUCCUCUCAUGACGUCACAUUGUUUGUGUUGAGCGGACACACUCGCACAUUCGCUUCAAACCUGCAGCUGUUUUCACUUCGUUGAGCCUUCUUAUCGAGGUGUGGUGUCACCCGUUCUAGGUGAAAUGUUCUUUAGUUCCACAUGAGCUCUACUAUGUGGUACAUAAUGCAGAGUAUUCAGAGCAAAUACUCACUGUCGGAAAGGCUCAUUCGAACCAUAGCAGCCAUUCGCUCCUUCCCACAUGAUAAUGUGGAAGAUCUUAUUCGCAGGGGGGCAGAUGUCAAUAGGAUGCAUGGCACACUGAAGCCUCUACAUUGUGCCUGCAUGGUGGCUGAUGCUGAUUGUGUGGAGCUUUUGCUGGAGAAAGGUGCAGAGGUUAAUGCCUUGGAUGGGUAUAACCGCACUGCACUGCAUUAUGCUGCAGAGAAAGACGAAGGUUGUGUGGAGCUGCUGCUGGAAUACGGGGCCCAGCCAAAUGCACUGGAUGGCAACAAGGAUACCCCACUGCACUGGGCUGCCUUUAAAGAUAACCCUGAGUGUGUACGAGCUCUGCUGGAGAGUGGCGCAUGCCCCAAUGUUCGCGAUUACAACAACGACACGCCCCUUAGUUGGGCAGCCAUGAAGGGCAACCUGGAGAGCGUGCGUGUGCUGCUUGAGUAUGGUGCUCAAGUCCAUGUCACCAACCUAAAGGGCCAGACACCCAUAUCCCGGCUGGUAGCACUGCUGGCUCGAGGUCUGGGCACGGAACAGGAGGAAGAGUGCCUUGAGCUGCUUUGCCGUGCUGCGGGGCGGUUUGAGAUCCGCAAGGCAGAUGGCUCCUUACCACGUGAGCUCAGUAAGGAUCCUCAAUUACUGGCUCGACUCACUAGUUUGGUAGCCCAGCCACCUACGUUGCGAGCACUGGCACGCUGUGCUGUGCGCAGUAGCCUGGGAGUGCAGUUCCUCCCCACUGCCGUCAAACAGCUUCCCCUUCCAGAGUCAGUUAAAGAAUAUGUGCUCCUCAGAGACUGAGGGCAGGGUAUGUGAGGAAGAGUGAAGACUGUCCUUAAUAGUAGAUGUCAUCUGUGUAUGUGAACAAGUGAUUGUAUUCUGUUGUAAUCAGACUGCAAUCUGAAGUGUGUGUACAUAUACAGUGAGUGAAUAAUGGAGGAAAUUAUGACACUUUCUUUUUUGUUGCUAUAAUGUCAUCAAACACAUUCAGACUUGGGUUGCUGUACGAUCAUGUGAUGCAGAGAAGUACCAAUCUGGUAGGACAGAGAUGCACGGUAAUGCUGAGAUGCCAGAAAUGUAUGAACCGGUUAUGUUGUUAACAUCUCCGCUCAAACUCAGAAAUAUAUGUAAAAUCCUCUAAUUGUAAAAAAAAGAAAAAGAAAAUAAUUGACUACUAUUAUUUACCAGUUAAUCAUAUGGAAACAAAAUCAUUAAAAACACUUUAACAUAGCACUUAAGUUAUAAUCCUAUAUAAAGUUUGUGUUGCAAACGUCUAAAAAAAUAUAUAUAUAUAUUUUUUUUUUUGUUAAUGUGUGCAGUAGUAUUUGAUUAUUUUUAAAACCUAGUUACUUAUACCUUAUGCUCAGUUUUAAAGUUAAAUAAAUAGACAUUUUUAUGUUCAGUUAUUUUAUGAGGUGUCCCAGCCAUCAAAUAUUAAUCCAUCUUGAAAGGUUUUGGAAAAUGAAAAAUGUGGUAAACCGGGCACAAAAGGUUAAUUAUAUUUGUGGUGUAUUGUCACUUUGAAACAGGACAAUGAAAAAAAUCUUCUAUAAUGGCAUCUAUUUCUGUCCAUCUACCACUUUAAUAAACAAGUUCAUCAAAAAUAUUUCUCAAUGAUAAUUCCACUACUACCCGAUUUAGAGUGUUUGAAUGAUACAUCUUUUCUUUGGUGCUAAUGAUUGCAGAAAAUGAGCUGUGAUUCAAGUAUGAAAUGAAAAUAUAGCAGACCUUAACAAGAAUUUUCAAUGUCGAUAUUGGGAAUAUGUAAUUCACAGUGUUUAAUCUGCGGUUUGUCAUGUUAGUUUGAUCAUUCCAAUUUUUGGCAGACAAUGAGAGGGAUGUCUAAAAGGAAUUAAGGUCAACACUUGUAUCACAUCUUGUAAAACUCAAAUAUUUUUUUCAACUGUUUUCAUUUAGCUGUUGUCAUAUUGCUUGAUUAAGAAGAACGAAGUGCUUACAUCUGAACUAGUUUCAUACAUGCAGACUUAUAAGUAAAAGCCUCCAUGCAUUUUGCA